AUGGGUGGCCCGCUCACGUUCCUGAAGAGCAUCUACGAUCUCGACAACCUCGAUACGCGCUUCACGAACUCCUCCUCCGUUCCAUACAAGACCGUGAUCGAGUCACGCAAUGAUCCGGCGCAGAGCAAAGAGUCAGCCAGCAAAGCCCAGAGCCGCGCGCAGCCGUCAAAAUGGAGGCAACCCGAGUUUAUCGUCUACCUCGCCUAUAUCGCAGGGGUGAUACCGUAUAUGUUCUGGGUGGCCUGGGGAGUGUCGAGGCCUUCCGACCCCCGAUACCACAACUACGAGCGCUUCCUAUCUGACGGCUGGAUCCCGGGGCGUAAAAUCGAUGUUUCCGACUCGCAAUAUCAUACCUUCCGCCAGAACCUUCCUUACAUGGCCCUGCUCCUGACCUUCCACCCACUCCUCCGAAAGCUUUGGAACAUCGUCUUUCCGAUCCCGUCAGACCUGCACAAGAAGUCGGUAACAGAACAAGGCGACGCCCGCCUCGAGCAGCGCGCUUCCUUUGACUACCGGUUCGCCAUUGUGUUCCUCAUCGCACUGCACGGCUUCUCUGCGUUCAAGGUCCUUGCAAUCCUCUACAUCAACUACCAGCUUGCCACGCGGCUUCCGCGAAGAUACAUUCCCGCUGCGACAUGGACCUUCAACGUCUGCAUGCUCUUCGCGAACGAGCUGAGCCAGGGAUACAAGUUCGCCAACAUUGCGCGGCACAUCACACCACCCUCUGCGCACAAGGACCUACUAGAGGAAGACCCCUUCCUGGUGCGAUGGGGUGUCUGGCUCGAUUCGUACGGAGGGUUGAUGGGCCGCUGGGAGAUUCUCUUCAACAUCACUGUUCUACGGCUCAUCAGUUUCAACCUGGAUUACUAUUUUAGCCUGGACCAUCGUGGCGGAAGCGCUCUCGAGAAGAAGCAACUUGACCCCGCCAAUCUCUCCGAACGUGACCGCCUGGCCAUUUCCGCCGCUCCCAAGGACUACUGCUUCCGUAAUUACCUCGCCUACGCGAUCUAUGCGCCGCUGUAUCUUGUUGGGCCCAUCAUGACCUUCAACGACUUCAUCCACCAGCUCCGACACCCGCCUGCCUCUGUCGAGACAGGCCGCACCAUUCGCUACGCAGUCCGCUUUGCUCUCUGCCUGCUCGCAAUGGAAAUCGUGCUCCAUUACGACUAUGUAUGCGCCAUCUCGCACGCGGGACCCAAUUGGUCAUCCUACACGCCCUCUCAGCUUUCCCUGCUCUCCUACUUUAACCUCCACAUCAUCUGGCUCAAACUACUACUCCCAUGGCGCCUGUUCCGUCUAUGGGCCCUCCUCGACGGCGUCGACGCGCCGGAGAACAUGCUCCGCUGCGUCUCCAACAACUGGUCUCCGAAAUCUUUCUGGAAGGCCUGGCAUCGCUCUUACAACCGUUGGCUGAUCCGCUACAUAUAUAUACCCCUGGGCGGUGCAAACUUCCGCUCCUGGGCCACGACCGCCCGCUCAAUCGCCACGUACCUCCUCGUCUUCACGUUUGUAGCACUGUGGCAUGACAUCCGCUUGCGCCUGCUGAUCUGGGGCUGGCUCAUCGUCCUGUUCCUCCUACCAGAGGUGCUCGCGGGAAUGCUGUUCCCCGCGAGGAAGUGGGAGAACAGACCGAACCAGUACCGCUGGCUGUGUGGCAUCGGCGCCGUUGCUAACGUGCUCAUGAUGAUGACGGCCAACCUUGUCGGUUUCGCUGUCGGUUUAGAUGGCCUGCAGAGCAUUCUGCACGGUAUCUUGCAUGACUGGUCAGGCGUCAUGUUUUUUGUAGGGGCAUGUACCGCGCUCUUUAUCGGCGUCCAAGUCAUGUUCGAGAUACGCGAGUCUGAGAUGAGAAGAGGCAUCUCGUUGAAGUGCUAA